AUGGCUCUCAAAAGUUGCGGUCGCCUUGUCGUGGCUCAGCUGUUGAACACAAGCAAACGAUGCCUCGCAACUGGACAAUCUAUUACGGUGCGAGAUGCGCUGAACCAAGCCAUGGAUGAAGAAAUCAAGAGGGACGACCGUGUAUUUCUGAUUGGAGAAGAAGUAGCUCAAUAUGAUGGAGCAUAUAAGGUUUCGAAAGGGCUUUGGAAGAAAUAUGGAGAUGAACGAAUAAUUGACACCCCGAUUACAGAGGCAGGAUUUACAGGUAUCUUAACACUAUCACUACCCAUAUUCAGCCAUAAGAUACGAGAACCGCCAUUGCGAUUGCUGGAACUAGACAUGGUGCUCGGCAGUCUCAAAAAGUGA